AAGGGUGGGGCGCAGGCGCAGAGCGGGGGGCUGUCGGGACACGCACGCGCGCGCGCGCGGCGGGGCGGAAGUGGCCGCGCGCGCCCUGUCCGGCCCUACGCAGCCUACGAGCAGCUCCACGGAGGCGUUGGCUUAAGCUGCUGGUUCUCCCAAAACUGUUUUCACCAACCUGCCCAACAGCGGGGUCCCAUCUGCUGUGCCCUCGGAGCGGAGGGGACAGGAAGAAAGGCCUGGAGAGUGGUGGAGGCUGGCGUCCCAUCUUCACCCCUCCCCCUGAGUGUGGCAUGUGUGCACGGGGCGUUCCCACGGACACGCGUGACCCUGCCACCUCAGAGCGUCCUUGGCGGCAGUGUGGCUGUCUUCACGGUGGCUGUACAGGUCCAGCCCGGCGUGCGGUCUGAUGCCCAUCCAGCCCUUUGACCACCGGGAAUGGAAUGAGCCUAUGCACUCCCUCCGGAUCAGUGUAGGGGGCCUUCCUGUGCUGGCAUCCAUGACCAAGGCCACGGACCCCCGCUUCCGCCCCCGCUGGAGGGUGAUCCUGACGUCCUUUGUGGGGGCUGCUCUCCUCUGGCUGCUGUACUCCCAUCAUCAGGCCCCAGGACCGGGCAGGCCCCCUACCCACAAUGCUUACAGCCGGAGGGCCAGCCUGGAGCGUGUCUCUCCCUACAAUGACACCUAUCCCCUGUCACCCCCCCAGAGGACUCCAGGUGGGAUUCGGUACCGAAUCGCAGUCAUCGCCGACUUGGACACAGGGUCCAGGGCCCAGGAGGAAAACACCUGGUUUAGCUACCUUAAGAAAGGACACCUGACGCUGUCGGACAGUGGGGACAAGGUGACCGUGGAGUGGGAUAAAGACCAUGGGGUCCUGGAGACCCACCUGGCAGAAAAGGGGCGGGGCAUGGAGCUCUCUGACCUGAGCGUCUUCAAUGGGAAGCUGUACUCCGUGGACGACCGCACAGGGAUCAUCUACCAGAUCGAAGGCACCAAAGCAGUGCCCUGGGUGAUCCUCUCCGACGGCGAUGGAACCGUGGAGAAGGGCUUCAAAGCUGAGUGGCUUGCUGUGAAGGACGAGCACCUGUAUGUGGGCGGCCUGGGCAAGGAGUGGACCACCACCACAGGGGAGGUGAUGAACGAGAACCCCGAGUGGGUGAAGGUGGUGAGCCACAGGGGCAGCGUGGACCACGAGAACUGGGUGUCCAGCUACAAUGCCCUGAGAGCUGCCGCUGGCAUCCACCCUCCAGGCUACCUCAUCCACGAGUCUGCCUGCUGGAGUGACACGCUGCAGCGCUGGUUCUUCCUGCCGCGCCGAGCCAGCCACGAGCGCUACAGCGAGAAGGCCGAUGAGCGCAAGGGCAGCAACCUCCUGCUGAGUGCAGCCCAGGACUUCACGGACAUCUCCGUGAGCCGCGUGGGCACGCUGGUCCCCACCCACGGCUUCUCGUCUUUCAAGUUCAUCCCUAACACUGACGACCAGAUCAUCGUGGCUCUCAAGUCCGAAGAGGACAGUGGCAGGGUUGCCACCUACAUCAUGGCCUUCACCCUAGAUGGCCGCUUCCUGCUUCCAGAGACCAAGAUCGGCAGCGUCAAGUAUGAAGGGAUAGAGUUCAUCUAGAUGAGUCAGUUCCCAUGCCCGGCAAAGCGAGGGCAGAUGGCCUGAGCUACAUACACCAGGACUCAAUUUCAUAAAAACCAGAAGAACGCACUUUGACUUGUCUGCUGUUCUCUUUUUUUAACCGAGUUGUGUGCCUGGAUGGAGAGUCUCAGAAUCAGGAGCUGAGUCCCAGGCCUUGUGACACAGCUUCGGGGGAUGCUCUGAAGCCAGGAGCAAGGGCAGGCAGGGGUCCUGUACAGGGACAGCAGGUCCUCUGCCCGCCCGUGCCUCGCUCUGCACUGCCACCUUGUGGUAGGGAUUGAUCACUGCUUCAGGUACCUUUUGAGCCCCAGGGCCUUCAAAAUCUAGCCACGCCUCUCCUUUUCCCCAUCUUCCCUGGCUUCUCUGACCUUUCCUCGAGUUCUCUGGCCAGUGCGUGUAUCUGUGACAACCAGGUGUGUUGAGUGCUAGCCUCACCCUGGGAGCACGAGGCACCCCUCUUCCUCGUAUGUGACCCUGGCAUGCCCCACUCUGCAGACCCUUGGAAAAUAAGUGUUUACAUGGCGGGGCGAGGACCCCACCUCUGGGGCACACCUGCCCACGCUGCUGAAGCCACUGAAGCACGGGACUGCUGCCCCCCGUGGCCCUCGGGAGGACUCUGGGCUAUGCAGGCCUUUGACUUAUUAACUGAUUUUAUUAAGGUAAUUUCCUUUCUUAGAGAACAGUCGUCAAUCCUUAUCACACAGUGAAGGAGGGCUCUCCACGGCUACUCCCUCAUAGCCGCAGUGUGACAUCAGCUCUUACAGAAAGGGCCUCUGCACCCUUCGCCUCUGCCUUCACAAGCUGCCUUGUCUCCACCUAGCAGUGGCUGAGGGAGGGCUCUGAUUCCAACAGGCCCGUUCCUGACUAGAGCCCUCCAUGUUGUCCCCUGCAUUUCUUGCUGGCUCCCAAUGGGCGUGUGACAGCAGAGUCAGGGUCAGAGGUUGUCCUGUAGGUAACAGCCAUCCUCGUCCUGCAACAGUCUUGGGAUAGGACACGGGUACUGCUGGGAGCAGAGGCCCUGAUAAUCCUCACAGGCCCCGUCCACUCGGCAGGCUGAUGGUGACACCUUUGUGUACUUGCUGUGUUUGCUGAGAGCUCAGCCUUACCUGCUUGAUGCGUGUCAGCUGUGUGAGGGUGUGUGAUUCUGAGCUGAACCUGAGACGCCUGGUGUUUACCUGAGGCAAGGAAGCCUUCACACCCUUCCUUUCCCUGCACAGGCGCAGUGAUUGUGCCCUUCCCUCCCCCAGGUGUUUCCUAAACAAUAAAGUGUCGGGGGAAUGUG